AUGAAAUCGUUAUGCGCUCCGGUAUUAACCAUACAAAGAAGUGAUGGAGUUACUGAUCGCUCUCUUCUCCUAGCCAGUAAUGGUUGUAUGGUUGAUUCUUAUCGGAAGGAUCACAAUGAACUAUUGGUUUCACAGCAACAAACGUGUGUUUUUGAAGAAAGAAAAUGCAAUAUAUAUGGGUUGACUUAUCUCGAUAAACAAGAUAUUUUAUUUGCCUAUGGCGAAAAGUUGGUAGCCGUUAUACGUCAGUUUUCCAGCAUUCCGCAGAAACAAGUAUUUAUUUCUAAAGAUUGGAUCCAAGCCAUGUGUGUCUUCAAUAAACUGGAGGAGCCAGGACAUUCCUUAGAGUUAGUAACACUGUCUAUCAAUAACGCAGUACAACUUUUCCGGCUGGAUGUUUUUGAUGGAAGUUCAGAUGUGGACAUUAAAGAAGUGGUAACUGUGAGAUCAAAUCACCGAGUUGUCAUAAUGCAUUCAAUUUUGGAUGGCGAUUGUUGGAACACUCUUCGCACGAUAAUUGGUACCGUUACGGGUGAUAUAAUCAUUUCUUAUCCUUCCAAGUCUUCGUCUCCUUUUCACUUUCUAAAAUAUCAUACGGGUAUGAUUUUCGGUUUACUUAUAAAAUGUAAUUUCCUAUUUUCGAUAUCGGAUGACAGAAGCUUACAUAUGUGGUCCCUGCAUAAUGCUCGCCAUCUACAUGAAUGUUACGGACAUUCAACAAGGCCACUUUCCAUUUGUGGUGGACCGCAAAAUGUGGUAUUCACCGGAGGUCAAGACGGAAGCAUAUGUAUGUGGCUGUUUAGCGAAUCGUUUGUUUCGCUUUUAAAGAUGAUACACACAGGAUAUGGUUUUAUUCGUUCUCUUCUAUUUGUAUCGCGAGAACUGUUCUUCGGCACAGAUAAUGGGUUCUUUGGAUCUAUCACAUUUCCAGAAAAUAUAGAAAAUAUGCAAACCGUGGAUGUUAUUUUUCCAAGUCUAUCAGUGCAGUCAUUCGUUGCACUUUCACGGCAGUGCUAUUAUAUUUUGGACUCAGAAGGAACACUGUAUGAAACAAACGCAGUUUCCUUAAAUAAAAUAUUGCGGUGCAGUUCUGCUAGAUCAAACUCAUUAAAAUUAUCACCAUGCCGAGGAUACGUAGCUCUUUCGGAAGACCGAAAAUUGCAUAUAAUAAGAGUUGAGGAUCACAAAUGCACUUUUUUUUGUGCUGUUGAUCAAAUAUUGGAUUUGUUUUGGGCUGGCAGUUGUUUAUUUCUUUCAUUAUUCAACUUUAAAUAUAUACUUCUUCACUUAUCAAAAAAUAUGUUAGGAUGGACGAAUCAUACUUUGCGAAUAGAUCUGCAGGAAAUUGUUUCCUGUAUUGUUAUUCACACCGAAGAACUUUUUCUGGGUACACGCAAAGGUUCGAUCGUUGCUGUGCAUAAUCUCGAGAUGAAGCAGAUAAUAAAACGGGCCCAUGGUAAGAAUGGUGUUACAGACAUGAAAUUAUGUAAGACGAAAUUACUGUCUAUUGGACGUGAUGGAAAAAUGUGCAUUUGGAAGAGAGGAAAUCCACUACAGUUGUUGUCUUGGUCUAAACCUUCCACUGCAGUCGAAAUGGAAUGGCCAUGCAGGUUUUUUGAAACGACAAAUCAGCUAUAUGUGGCAGGGUUUCGGGGGGGCAAUUUUAUUCUGGUAAAUUACGAUAGUGGACACUGCGUUUGUGAUGUCUGGUGUGGAGGAAGGCGUCGCUCUUGGUCGCUGUCAGUAUUGGAAGAAAAUAGAAAUUGUGAAGAGCCGAAAUCAUUGUGUUUUGAGUUUGUUGCAAAAAGAAGGAUUUCAAGAAUUAUAGUUUAUAUGAAUGAUUUACAUGUAAUUAAGCCUAAUUUGCAUUUAUCCAGCAUUACAUGUAUAGCGGUUAUAAAAAUUAAUCAAAAAGAAUUAUAUGUUACUGGUGGCAUUGAUGGUAUGCUUGUUUUGUCCAGAUUUAUCAAUUCAGGAUCUGUUGAAGUAAUACAGCGAUUGCAAGCUCAUUCGUCUUCAGUGUACUGUAUUUUUGCGAUGGAUUUAUACCUUAUUUCUGUUGGAGGAAAAUCUGAAAUUUUUAUUUGGCAUCUAGAAGCUGGAAACCUUCAGCAAUUUUUUAACACUCGUAUUAAAAGGGACUGUAGAUUGUUAAGUGCUCGAUUCAUAUCAGUCAGUCCUUGCAUUCGAUUCCUGGUUUCAUGCUCGGAUGGAAGACUAAUGAUUUACGAAUUGAGCAGGGCUUUGGAUUCAAAAAAACACUCAGUUUUGUUUGAAUCGAUUAGUGGUGAUGGAAUUAUGGUUAAAGUUUCUUGCGCUUCUUUAAGUGAUAGCUUUCUCUGCAGUGCUAUCUCAUCCACAGGAAUAUUAUACAUCUGGAAUUUUUCCGAAUUAGUUGAUGUAAAAGAUCAGAGAAGGAUCGAAGUGGAAAAGUGUGGACUUAGUGCAUUGAGCAUGUACAACGAAAAUGAGCUUCUCUAUGUUGGUGUGGGCUCUGAAUCGGGCACUAUCAACGUGUUUCAAAUCGAGAAAAAUUGGGAAUUCGUAAAAAGUGUCAACUAUUGGCAUGGUGCAACGUGCACAGACUUGCUUCUUCACCGAACCUCAGAAUCCUUUUUGGUAUUUUCAAUUGCAUUAGACUGCAGAUUAGCAGUAUUCGUCUAUUCUCCUGCUCAUCAAACGUUAAGUUUCCAGCAGUCUGUGUUAUUAAGUACUACCGAUCCAUCAUCAUUGAUCAUUUCGGCUGUCAAUAAUAAUAUUGUGAAGUGUGUCAUAGUGGGCACAUCAAUCUGUCUCGUUCACUUCGAUAAAUCUCCCCCACACUUUUGUGAUGCAAUAACUGAUAUUGAUUUCUAA